AGUGAUUUGUCUGAUUGGUAAUUGACAGCUCAGUCGCAGAGCAGUUUACGUAAGAAGUGUUGAUGUUUUUUGGUGCGCCAGACACAUUAUAUGAAAAAGAAGAUUAAAUUCAAAAGACUAAGAACAUAAGUUGAGUUUACGUCUUAAAUACUGAAGAUACACACCUUGUGUUAGCUGUCAGAAAAAUAACCAAGAGCAAAAAUGAGUGAAGUGGCCAUUGUGGCCGCGCGGGCCUCGGUCAUGGUGUACGAUGACGCCAAUAAGAAGUGGGUUCCAAGUGGGUCGACGCAGGGCCUGUCCAAGGUUCAGAUCUAUCAACAUUCCGUAAACAACACUUUCAGAGUAGUUGGCAGAAAGUUACAAGAUCACGAGGUUGUUAUAAACUGUGCUGUUCUAAAAGGAUUAAAGUACAAUCAGGCCACGCCCACUUUUCAUCAAUGGCGGGACAGCCGACAAGUUUAUGGAUUAAAUUUUGCUAGUAAGGAAGAAGCGGAAAAUUUUGCUCAUGCCAUGCUAACAGCAUUAGAAACAUUGAACAGUACUUACCGACCGACAGCGCCUGUGGCACCCAACCCACCCACACUGAUGCAAUCUCAAGGCCACAGCCAGGCAUAUGUGGACGGAUCACAAGACAUCGAAAACGAAAGGAAGGCCUUACUGAUGGAGUGGAGAAAAAUACACAGAGAAGAUAAUCAGAUCCACAAAAGACAGCACUCUGGUGGUGGAGGGCCCAUCAUGCGAGAGUCACUUCCCAUGCAGCGUGAUUCUGCACCAAUUCAUCCUCCUACUCCACAGGGACCCCCAGCCCCUCCGGCCCCCCCAGCCGCUCCCCCGGCCCCACCGGCACCACCCGCUGCUGCUCCUACUCCACCUGCACCACCAGCACCAGCCCCCCCAGCUCCACCGGCUGGUGGGCCACCUCCUGCACCACCUCCGGCCCCAGCCCCUGGAGUGGGAGGUCCUCCCCCACCACCUCCCCCUGUGUCCGCAGCUAGUGGAACCAAUGCUAGUGGUCUGGCGUCAGCUCUACAGAAUGCAAAAUUGAAGAAAGUUACCAAGAGCGAUGAACCGGCAGACACGAGUGCUAACACUGGGACAAUUGGUCGUAGUACUGGCGGUGGUAUGGGAGACAUGCUGUCGGAGAUGCAGAAAAAGUUAGCAGAGAGAAAGGCCAAAACUCAAAACAAGCCACCAGUAGGAGGAGUUGUAGACCAGGGUAUGCCACCACCAGCGCCGGUACCUGAGCGAAAACCCUGGGAGAAACCGAAUGCACCAAGCCAGAUUAAUGGAGCUGAGUCGCCAAGGACCAUCAGAAAACGGAAUGCAUCUCUGACAGGUCAGGAGAAUCUAAGCACUCUGAAUGGGUCGACGGGCGAUCUAGAACAACUGAAGCAGGAAAUACUCUCUGAAAUGAGGAGAGAAAUGCACAACAUGAAAUUGGACAUCAUAGAGGCUGUACGACAAGAGUUGAGUAGUCAUAGAUAAAGUUGUCGGUAAGGCAAGCUGGUUUUGCUCAACACUGAACGAGUGUCUCUGCCAUCUUGAACAUCAUCUUGUACUGGUGAUUUUCCACGAAAAAAAUAAUCUUCCAUACCAAAUCCUUGAGUCAUAAUGAUCGACGACACUUAGCAUCUUCAUGGUGCAUCGCUGGACCAAAAUGGACUUCAUUUAUCAAGUCAUUAUUAACCCUCUCAUCCCUGCAAUCUGCAUUAUCACUGAACGAGAUUUGACAAUAGAUCUUCCGAGGUGAUGCUACCGAGGGUGAAAGGGUUAAGUUGCUUUCUGCUUGGCUUGGGGUUUUUUGGGUACCCGUUUAGGGAAAAGUGAUUUUUUUUUGCAUAGCAUAUUUUUUUUGCUUGCCAUCUUCUGUAACAAACAAUGAUGAUUGUAUGAUAAUCUGACCACAGAAAUGAAGCUAGAAAGUGAUUUUUACUGCAUGCUCUGUGUCUGUCUGUAGAGAGAAAAGAAAUACUUAGAGUGGAAAUGACUUUGUAUGUGUUUCAAAGAAAAGUAAGAAAAGUAUUUUAUUUGUCACUGAUUUGCUACAACGUGCUAUGUGGCAAACCCAUAUAAAUUGACUAGCAUCAGUUUGUGUAUAUAGGCAUUUUUAUAUAACCAGCAGGUCAUAUUUGGUCAUCCUGAAUAUUUUAGUUUUCAACUGUUGUGAAGUAGUUAAUUUAAAUGUCCUAACAUUAUUAGUAUUAAUUAUUUUAUUUUUUUUAAAUUUUUAAAUUAAUGUGGUAUAUCACUAUGCAGAUAUAUUUUGAAGCAUCGAGAAAGUUUGACAAAAAAUAUUGGGCAAAAUUUACUAAGCCUGUUUUUGACUUACGUGCAUCUAACUACAUGUAUUCACAAUGCUUAAAUGCCUGCAUUUUAAAAAAACAAGCUUCAUAAAUUUGGCCCAAUAUGUAUUGAUUAUGCCAGUGUUAUGUAAUUUAGAAAGCUAGAGUAAGUAAUACAUCUUAUUUAUUCAAAAUUUAUUCAGUUCCAAGUACUGAAUGUUUCAGUUGUAUUAUAAAUACAUACAUGUAUUGAAGUAUAUGUACAUGCUUUUGUUCUAAUACUUGGACAUUGUCAUUCAUUUUAGACUGGAAUAAUUUUCAAUCACUGUAAAACAUUCUUUACUGCUGGUAUGUAGACAAUAUUACAAGUGAUAAAAAAAAUCUACCCAGGAUGAGUCUGUGCCGUUUCACAUAUAUUACUAACAUAGUGUUAUAUUCUGUUAUAUUCUGUAUUUGAAGUACAAUAAUAUGGGAGGGGGUGGGUCAGUUGUUGAUUCAUUGAAAUGAUUCGUUUGCUUUCAUACUCUUUUGCUUUUUCUGUACAUGUAAAUUCUACUUAUAGAUACAUCUCCACUGUACUCAAAAUGUCUUUUUUGUGAGAACGACUAUAUAAAAAAACUACUGGUAAACAACGUUAUCCAAUGCGAUAAAAUUCUGCAGGUCCUAAACAUUUCAGCAUGUAAAUAGACAUUAUCAUUCAGUUAUUUUGGUAUUCAGAGACUUCUUGUAUUCAGGCUUUACCAUAUUGUUUGGGACUUGAAACAAUUUUGUUAGGAUAAUUCCGUACUGAAUGUUGUUCCUACUAUGAUCAGUUAAAUAUUUUAAGUAUGGUAACAGAAGUAGGUCACUAAAAGAUGGUCUCCUACAGUCCAUCUUAAUUUAUUCUGGCAAUGUCUAAAUUUAUAUUUGUAUCAGACUUUGUUUUUGUUAUUAAUUUUUCCCUUUGGAACUUUUGUUUUUGUUCUAUACAUGAAGUCUUACAUGUACUUGUACACACUGUUAAAUAGGAUGAAACAUUUCUAAGUAUGAUGAAACUUGUUUGUUAAACACUGCUUAAAAACCACAGAAAUCUGUUGACAUAUCUGAGGGGUUUUUUUGGAGGUUAUAGUGUUUACCAGUAAUUUUGUAGUUAAAUUUUCUUGUCUUAAUCUGUCUGUUUUGCUCAUAUUGUUCUAAUGUAUUAUAAACUUACUUUACACUUCUUCCUUUUUAUCUUUUCAUCAUCUUUAUCUUACCGUUUUGUAUAUGUUAUUUUUUUAAAGUUGUAUUUCUGAUUUUCAUCAGUUUUGCUUGCUUGUUGGAAAGAUAUGAGUCAUCCGACUAAAUAUUAAAAUAAGCUAGCUUCAUAUUCAAAAGUAUAAACAUUACCUGUACCAGUAUCUCAUUAAUAAUGUGCAAUUAAAUUUUUUAUUAUAUCUUUAUGUAUAGCAUUUUUUGUCCCCUUUUUGUCUCACUUUUACAGUGUAAAAAAGUGAGAUACAGGUAUUACUUUUCCAACAGUGACGUACAGUGUAACGUUAAGGUUUUGCAUUUAGAUCAGUUUCUCACAAAGUGUGAGCUCUAGGUCAGUAAAACCUGGUUUAUAGUUGCAUCUAUGGAUGUUCAUCACAGUGCACUGGAAACGUUUAUUGUAGGUGAGACAUGUAAUUCUGCUGAAUUUAUGUUUAGAAAAUGCUUUGUAUAUCACGUUUAAUAAUUCUGCAGAUACCUAAAUAAUGGAAGUCAACUAGUAGUGAGUAUUACCUGUUAUAUCAUUAACAAGUGAUAUUGUGUCAGUAUCAUCCAUAUAGGGGAUAAAAAAACAAUUCCCCUUUUUAAUACAAAAAAAUUGAUUUUUUUUUUUUAAAUGCUGUUACUUGUAAUGUUAAGUAAAUAAAUGAUGAAGUUUGGAGUUUAAAAAGUUAUUCUUUUAAAAUCAGAAAAUAAGCAAUUGAGUAAUAUUGUCACUAGACAAAUUGUCAAUAAUUACAUGAAAAUGACCAGUAAAAUAAGUUUAAAAAAUAAAUUCUGGUUAUGCAAAAAUAGUUUUUGUAGCAUAAAUAUUUGUAUUAAAUUUUAAAGGACUAUAAUUCACUUUUGAUUGCUUGCUCUGCUGUUGCUAGAACAUGUGUACACUGGGACAAGUAAAUAUACUAAAACAAAACAAUUUUUUUUUAGCAAAUUGAUACUGCAUUGUACUUUAACACCCAAGCUACAUUCAGUGAUGUGACAGUCACACAUUUCAUUUUCUGUUGAAAAUCUCCUGUUACUUCUACUGACAAACAACAAAUCAAUUAAAUCCAGUGUCUGAUUUCGCUUUGAAAGUCACAAGUUUUCAUUUUAUUUAAGCUUAUUUACCAAAUUGCUAAACUUAUGUCUUGAUAUUCAUUUGACAUGAACAUAAACAGAUUCCAAAAUAAACAGAGUAAGUCUGAAAUAUGUAUGUGCCAUAUGUGUGUUACAACUUACAUGUAACAAAAUGUUUAAUUUUAAAGUUUUUCUAAUUAAAAAUACUUUUUGUGGUGUUUAUUUUAGAAACAUUUAUAAAGUUUGUCUCUCCUUUAUUAUUUUUAAAUUUUUUUGUGGGGGGGGGGAUUUGGGAAUGCUGUUUUAUUCUGCUGAACAAACGAUAGAUUUGUAUGUGAGAUUAUUGUGAAGGGUUUAUAUGUAUAUAUAAACAUUCAUUUACAGCAUUAUAAUGGGUAAACUUUACUGUCUGCUUUCUGAAAUGUUUUUUGUUUUGAAUAUAUAGAUAUAUAUUAGUCUAAACAUCGAAUAUAACAAGAUUUAUGUUUCAGGAUGUUAUAAUUGUGUUUCAUAUGAUAUUUGUUUCAGUAAUAUAUGCUAAAUAUAUUGUCAUCUGUUUCAAAUUUGAAGCUACAAAAAAGUAAAUGUGGCAAGAAAAUAGGUUUUGUGAAUAUACAGCUCAAAAUAAUAUUUCCGUGUUUAUGUCAUCAAUAAUUUAAUCUUUUCAAUUGGCUAGGCUGUUAAUACAUUUUUGCACACAUUUUGUCACAUCCUUCUUUGAAAUUACCUUUAUAUUUGAACUUUCAUUCAUUAAUAAAACUCCCAUAAGGACUAUUGUUGGGAAUAAAUAAAAAUUAGAUGCUUAUAUUUCAUUAUUCAGUGCAACCCUCAAAACCGGAUGUUUUUCACGGACCCUUUUUAAAUAUUAGUACAAACAAGAAUAUCUCUAAACCAGAUACACCUUAAAACAGGACUUUUCACAUGGGUGUCCGGUUAGAAGGAUUUCACUGUGCAUCUAAUACUGGUAACUAUAGAUAUCGGUAUGUGACCUAAUUUCUUAUAUGUUACUAAUACUAAUAAAAGGAUGUAAGUUGUAACAUAAUUGAACCUCAUUGUCAUAUCGUCGCCAAUUAUGGCAAGUGGUGUUGGAGAACAUAAUAUUAAUAUGUUACUUACUAUCAGUUAGUUACACCAUCACACAAUCUCAGUUUUAACAUGGAUAGCACUGAUUGUAUUGGGAAAAUCUCACGGAAGAUCUCAAAAUAUUUCUUGGUAUAUUUGGAUUUGUAUGGUUUCAUGCUUUAGGCAUUGAACAUGCUAAGAUUAUUAUUAUUUUUUUUUUUUAAUAUAGUGUGUUUAAGUAUUAAUGUUAAUUUAAAAUAUUGUUGUUCUUUAACAGGGAAAUUUCGAUUAGCAAUGGUUUGCUAGUCAGUGUGAAAAUUGAUCAGCAGCUGCUAUUUAGGAAUUUGUGUAAUGAUCUCUGACAUUUGCAUAGUGAAUUGCAAAGUGAUACUAAACAAAAUAUUUUCUGCCUUAGUGGUUUAAAUACUUUCAGAAUCAAAAUGAUAUCAUUUCCCCCUCAAUUAAAAAUGGAUAUUUUGAAAGUUGUAGUAUGUACUUGUUACCCUUGGAUUCUGAACAUGCUACAUGUAGUUAUAAACAAAAAAGCUUGCCGAGUAUUUUUUGUUUGUUUUUUUAUACUGAGAGAAAUAUGCCAAAGAUGUACAUUAAAAUUAUUAAUCUAACCCAGUGCUAAAAUAAAAUAUGAUUUAGAUUUUACUUACCACUGAAUAGAUUAUUUUUGCUUUGAUGUUUACAGUAAAAGUUGUAACUUGUAGUUUAUACAGUCAGGUGUAGCAGCAUUGUCCUUGUGUAUCUAUGCAAGUCAUUCAGUGUUGGUAAUUAAACAGAUAAAUGUAUAUAAUAAUGAAGGGCAAGCAACAUUACUUUUCUUCUUCAGUAUGUCCAGAAGGUUAUAAAACAUAUACACUUGGAUAUUUCAGUUCUCAUUUGUUUUCGUUAAACAUACUGUUGGUAAAAUAGCUUGGUCAAUCAGUUUCAACCACAAUAGCUUAGAAUAUUGUGUUUCAAAAACAAUAAACUGCUUUCCACAAUGCAGAAUGAAAUCUUAAGGAAAAAGCAAAAUGUAAUUUAUUCCAGGCAUUUUUUUAUUGUAAAAUCUUGGAAGUUAAAAAUUCUGCUACUUUAUUUCAUGGUUAGGUUGGAAAAGUGAAUAUUUUAAUAGAAUUUUGAAAGAUUCUUUUACUACAGUUUUCUAUUGUUCUAGUCUAAAAUAAUGAACAUAUUGUACAACUGGAUUUGCUGAUGUAGAAUUUUUAUUUUUUUUUAUUUUUAAUAUCAAGCAAAAUAGUAAUUAGUGAAUAGUUAGGGGACAGCUAUACUCUGGCAGAGGAAUGUUCAUAAUUUGCUGUAAGGUCUCAUAACUAAAGAAAUUCUCACUUUCUCACCCGGUAAAUCCAUUAUGCUUUAUAUAAUGUUUUUAUCUUUUAGAGUAGUUCUCUUUUUUGUUGGCAUAAUAUAAUAAUUUAAAGUUAUAAUAAUAACUGAAUGCCUAAUACAUUUUUUUUUAAUUGAUCUCUCUCUCUCUCUCUCUCUCUCUCUCUCUCUCUCUCUUUCUCUUCUAAUCAGUGCAAUGGUAUAGACUAUACAAUUAUUUGAAAAACAACUUCUAAUGUUUGGAAUUAUGUAUAUGUGUAUGUUAAAGGCAUUUUAUACCAGUGUAGUCACUUUUUAUAUAUUAUUAGCAUAAAGGCAGUGUAUUCAUGAAUUAUCAUACUACAAGUUCAGCUUGAACUUAUUUAAUGAUUUUAUACUUUGUGCAUCAGACAGUUAAUUAGGUCAAAGGUUUAGAUAUGGGAAUUUUAUCUAGAUUCUAGUUUCAUUUUGAACAAAGUUUGUGCUAAAACUGAAAGUAUAUUUUACUUUGCGAUUACAAAUUGUGCUACUGUGUUUUUUUGGAUAUGGUAAUAAUGCAUUUAUGGAUUUAAUGCUGCAUUGUGCCUCAAUUACCUGUAAGAUGUGUUGUCUUCCCCCAAAAAAACAUUUUCAGUUUCAAAAUUGUGCAAGGCAUUUUAUGUGCAUGGACAGAUUAAAUCAAAGUCUUGAAAAAUGUUCUGUCUGUCUGUUGACAGUGUAAAUAUGUGUAUAAAUAUUAUUUAACAGAAUUUAUUUAAUGUAGUACUGUUUCGCCCCUCAAGUUAAGCUGCUAGUGUCGCUUUAUCGCUCAAUUUUUUGUUUUUAUUUUAGCAACUAUAGUGAUUAUUACAUAACAUUCCCAUGAUGUCAUAGGCAGAGACUGGAUAUGAUUUUGGUUCCGGUAGAAUAGUUCUAUGAAGUUGUGUUAGACCUUGUGUGUGUGUGUGUGUGCGUGCAUGCAUGUUAUAAUUUCAUUUAAUAAUGUAUAUGUUGGUAGCUGUUUCAAGAUUGUGUCUUUUGAAUGUCCAUCGACUUUUUAUCUCUUCAAACAAAGUAAUGAAAUAGUAUGGCGAGUUUGUUGUUGCUUUGAUGUCCGUGGGUAUCAGCUUUGUCAUUGUUAGUGGGAUUUUGCAAGCUUAAUUAUGUUGGCUUGUAAAUUUGAAGAAUUCAGAUGUCAUUAUCUCUUUCUGAGAUUGACAGCCUUGUUUUGUCAUUUCUAGUCAAAGAAUGUAGAAUGUAUAGCAGUAUCUUUUUAAUGGCUUUUCUAUUAAAAGAGCAUUAAGGCCACAGUAUUGUUCUUUAUUGAGCCUGGGAGGCCAUACAAAUCAAAUGAUGUAGAGCUGUUCUUCUCAGCUUUUUGUUAGAUUUAGCAAAUUCUUUAUACAAGUACUUUUGACAAUUGUAUUCGACUUAAAGUUUUACACUGAUUUAAGACGUGAUAUUUUACUAAGAAUGUGAACAAUGGGAUAUAACUUUAAAGAGACUGUCCUGAGGUUGCUGCCAUUGUAAGGUGCACCUGAUUAAAAUAGCAUUUUUAACCAUUUAAAUCACUUAUUAAAUAUAUUGUCUUGUUUAGAAUGUCAGUGUUUGAAUCCCCAAUGUGUUUCUGGUCAUCCUAGCAUUUGUAGUAGAUCCAAUGUUUUCAUUUUACUUUGUAAUACAUAUUUUGUUUGUAACCUACAAAAGUAUUGGGAUGUAAAAUCCAGUUUGUACUACUUUAAACUUUAGGAUAACCAGAAAAAUUGUGUUUGUACACACUUAUAUUCUGAAUAAGAAAAUGUAUUUAAUACGUAAGUUUUGUUGUUAAAAAGGCUAUAUUAUUCGGAAAUGUGUUGCAAGAGCAGACACAUUUGGGGAUAAUCUUUUAAAAGUUUCUGGCUAUAGCUUUGUAGGGCUUAAAGAUGGUAGAGAAUAACUUUAAAAGUGUAAGAGUAUAAUACAGUAGUAACUCUUAAUACAAAUCAACAUAUGUAUGAUUACUUGAUAAUUAAGGUUUAUUUUUAAUAAUGUAAUGAGGGCAUGCAAAAAGAAUGCCUAAAGCUAUAGCCUUUUACGUUAAUCUGACCAUGAUCACAGCAUUGCGAGUCCAUAAUAUAUCUUUAUGUAGGAUUUUUCAAACAUGGUGCCAUUGAUGUUUGAUGGAUAUAGUCCGUCAACUGGUAGUUAAUUCCAUUCCGGAAUUGUAAAAAAAAAAUUGCCAUUUUUAGUUCAGAAAUGUAGAGUACAUUUAAUCAAUAGGCCAAGCUGUUUUUAUUAUUUUUAUGAGUAAUAAAACAGAAACAUCUGUUUGCUGAUUCAAAAUGUCAUACAUUUGUGUUGUGGACUAAGACAAGCUGUGUAUGAUUAUCAAUAUAUAUUUUGGCUACACAAAAAGCCUACAACUUCAUGUACUGGAUGUUUUUGUUUUUUGGGGGAUGUUGGAGGGUGUUUAUUUUAUUUUUAUUUUUAUUUUUUUAAUUAAUAAAUUGAUGAUUAAAACAUUUUCCUAGAUUGAAGAAAAAUACAUUGAUGUUUAUUUUUUGAUAGAUCCAAAAACAGUUCAGUAAUAAAUGUCUGGACAGUUGUGAUAAUAUUUAUUUGAUUAGACUGAAAGAACAGGUAACUUGUAACAUGAUGAGUGAUUGAAAUAAAUCCAGUGUUUCCUCUGCUGACUGUUGUUACUUGUGGUAUGCAGGUCUUAACAUACUUGAGUCCUGGACGGAGGAGCCGGCCGAGUUUGACACCUGUGCCCAGGACAGGCGUGUGCUACAACAGCUUGUUCUGAAUGUGCAUGUUAAACACACUGACCUGACCUGACGUACUUGAAUGUGGCAUUAGAUUUCAUAAUACAGCACAUUUUUAACAAUAGCAGGGCUUACUCUGCCACUCACCAAAUUCGCCAAUUGCAAAGUUUAUUUUAAUUUGGCAAAAACAAAAUGUGUAAUAAUUAAUAUUUUGUUGAAAAAUAGCUAUAGGUUUUGCAUUUUUGAAAUAAUUUGGCGAAUUUUCUGAUUACCCAGAGCUAGCCCUGAAUAAGUAGAAUGAAAAUGUUUUUGUUUAUACCAGUACAAAUGUCAAGUCAAAUGAAAUAUUUCGAGUAUUAACCAUUUUAACGACAAGUCUUAGUUUUUCCAUUAUUAUUUUUCUUUCUUUCUUUUUUUUUACAUUUUAGUUGGAAAUUUUGUUAGUGUUGCAACAAUAUGUAAAAAUAGUAUGAAUUGAAGUAAGUUGAUAUAUUUGUGUAUUAAAUAAUCUAUCUAAAGAACAUUUUAAUAUGUUUUUACUACUUGUUAUCCCUGUUAAAACAUGGGGUUUUGGUUUGCCGUCUCUAGUGUAAUAAACUGAAACUACUCGCCAAAAAAGAUCAAAUUAAUAGUAAUUUACAUUGUACCAAUUAGAUUUACCAUUAGAGGCUGAUGUUUAUCAAGAGUUUUUGAUGUCAUUUUCCAGCCUAUUUUCUUGUUGGGGGGGGGGGGUUGGGGGAGGGGAGGGAGGGGGGCUGAAAAUGUUUUAUGAAUAAAUGUAUUCACUUGUAUAUGUGUGUUUGAAUGUACAGAUUGUAUUUUGCUUAUUUAAUACAUUGCUUUGUUUUUUUUAAAGUGCUUGUUGAUAAUAUUUUUGCUUUAUUUUUGUUUAUAUUGUGUUUAUAUACUUUGCACUGAAAAAUCAUUUUGUGCUGCUGGAUAUUUUUUAAAUGUAAUUGCUGUUUAAAAUGUUACUUUGUCAUUUAUUAAACACUGAAAACUCCAGACUAACAUAUAAUGAUUGAAGCUUGUUAUUAUUUUUUGAAAAGUGUUAUAGUAUAUAGGUAGUAUCUAUUCAGAACUAUGUGUAUAACAGUAACUAUUGAAGUUUUAACAAAUCCAGGAACAUUGGUUUGAAUGUAUGUAAUGUUCAAUUCGUGAAACUUACUAAACCACCAAUACACAUGUAUUACGUACUUCAUUGAAAUGGAAUUUUAUUUUAAUGACAUAAUACCACACUGUUUAAUUAACAGAUUUUAAAUGUUAGUCAUGUGACAACUGCAGUGUUGUUGUUAUUUUUGGUUUUUUAUUUCUUUCACAAGACAACAUUUAAGUCUUCAAGGUGUCAGCUUGAGAAAAAUGGUGUUUCCGUUCAAUUUGAGAGUUUAAUAAUUUUGUAAAACCCUUCAAGUGUGAUCUCAAGUAAAAUAGAAAAAACUAAUACAUCCGUCAAGUAUGGUUAUAUUUAAAUUCCUGCAUACAGGACAGUACAUACCAUGGCCUUUGAUACACUAGUACCACUUGUAUAUAACGUUCUUUCAACAGGUCUGUAGAAAUUUGGGUGGAUGCAACAGCAUGCUUCAUAACCAACUUGAUUUAGUGGGGGGGUGCGUGCGUGCGUGCAUGUGUGUUAAUCUUUAAAACAGCCAAAAAAAUGUUGCCUAAAACAUUACUAUUUUGUUCUGCAGCUUCUUGGAAAUUACCUUUGAGACAAUCUAAAAAUAAAAGUUUUGGGGGUUUUGUUUUGCAGUUUUACAUAUUAACAUUCCAUUUCUUUGUGGAAGUAACAUUUUUUUAUAGCUAUAUCUGGAUAUGUAAGUUGUUCAAACUUCAAACAUUGUCAGUGAUGUGCUAUUGAAGAUCAAUAGAAGAGAUUUAGAGAUUUUUAUAGAACCAACUUUGUAAAAAGAAUUCUAGAUAUCAUUGUAUUGGGUGUGGGUAGGAGGUCGUAACCUUACAGCAUCAAGUCAAAUUGUGUGCAGCCAUGCACACCCAGUAUGCCGUAAUUACUAGUUGGCUGGAUUUUGUGUGUAGUAUCAAAGGGUGUGGUAUGUGCAGCCAUGCACACCCAGUAUGCCGUAAUUACUAGUUGGCUGGAUUUCGUGUGUAGUAUCAAAGGGUGUGGUAUGUGCAGCCAUGCACACCCAGUAUGCCGUAAUUACUAGUUGGCUGGAUUUCGUGUGUAGUAUCAAAGGGUGUGGUAUGUUUUUCUGUCGGUGGAAAAGUGAAUAUAAAAGAUCCUUUGCUGCUAAUAGAAAACAUUUGGCGGGUUUUCUCUUAAGAGUCUAUCAUAAUUCUAAAAAUGUUUGACAUCCAAUAGCCAAUGAUUAAUUAAUCAAUAUACUUUAAUGGUGUCAUUAAACAACAUUAAUUUAUUACUUCUAUGCUUGAGAGAAUCAAAACAACCACGUUAUAACAGUAAUCUGCAUUGAGCCAAAUGAGCAUGGUGUACAUUGCCCUCAGUCUAGCCAAUCAGGUGAUUGUUCAGUUUUGACAAUUACUUGACCAAACAUAAUGGUGUGUGUGUUAUUAUUAUGUAGUUAUUUUUACCAUCUCAGAUGUACAUAAAUCCGCACUGGAUUAGUGAUCUAUCUCCACCACAACCACCUCAUUCCUCUACAACAAAAUAUUCUAUUACCAGAGCUUGCAUAAAAUACAACUGGUUCACCUGUCCACUUCCUCUAUUCAUUCAGGUGAGAAUUACAUACACAUCAAACAUACACAACACGGGCGUAGGAAGGUGCCAAAAAGUGUAUAAAUAUAUGUAUAAACUAUCGCUGCUGCCACAAAGUGGGCGGCAUGUACCCCCUUGCCCUCCCCCUUCCUACGCCAGUGCAUGCACACAUUAUUUCCUUUCUGUGUUCCUCUCAUACCCAUGUAAUAAUUAAUGUCUGCAAUAGCCCUGGACAUUGAUAUAGUUCUUUGAUACAUACACCUUAAUUUUGAAGCUUUGUUUUAGUGAUCAAACAGAUGAUGAACAUCCUAGAAAUUGUUUCAAAUAAACAACUUUGUGAUUAAUUUUUUAAUAUUUGUUGUUGGGGUGGGGCGUAUGAUUAUGGUGAUGUAAACAUGUCGUACUCUUAGUUGUGUAUGUACAUAUAGAAAUGGAUUGUGCAAAUUACUUCACAAACGACUUGGUCAUAUGCAUUACAAUUAGUGCAGUUGGUUGUCUAUGUUUUCAAGUAACUGGAAGAUAUGAUUAUCUCUGAACAGUGUAUUGGUACAUUGUGCAAAGAAAAAGACAGUUGACUAUAAUAGAAUUUUUGUUUAGAUUUUAACCCGAUUGUGUUUACAAUAACAGCUGAUAAUACUACUGAAUAUGGUGCCAGCACACCAUUAUAAAGUUUACGUUUUUCCACAUGUACUAGGUGGUAUUGUACACCGAGAAGCGUCAUAAAUAUGAAAUAAAAUGUAGCCUUAUU